AUGCAAGGUCAGUCAAGUAGGAGCAACUCGGAGUUGCUACUGCAUCACCAGAAGCUCCAAAAAGAGCGCAAACCUGUGAGCAAGUGGACCGAAAAAGAGGAUUGCUUGAUGCUCAAGCUUGUGCACAAGUACGGCACGCGUCACUGGACGGUCAUUGGCACGAAGUUGCCGGGACGCAGUGGGAAGCAGUGCCGGGAAAGGUGGCACAACCAGCUGGACCCAGCCAUUCGAAAAGAGCCGUGGACAGCUGAAGAAGAGCUCAUUCUCAAGGACCUACACGAUAGGUUUGGCAACAAAUGGGCCGACAUUGCCAAGAUGUUACCGGGACGGACGGACAACUCGAUCAAGAACCACUGGAAUUCCCGCAAGCGACGACACAAACGGGAGAUCGCGCCACCGAAGACACUGCAGCGUAAACGUCACGAGAGGACCGUAUCGGAGACCGUAACUUCAGGAAGCAUUUUAGCACUCGCGUCGCCAGCGUCAGUGGAAGGUCACGACAUGUACACACUUCCAACGCUGGUGUCAAAUCACCAGGUCGACUGUGCAAGUCCGCAUGUGAAUGCAUUUUUCCAGUCCCCGCUUGCGAUCCAAACGGCACCUCAUGGUGAUCCACACAACAAAGCUGUAUGCUGGACGCCAACCGAUGCAGCAUACAAUCGCCCGAAUACCGCGUGGAGUGUGCCUGCUGCAAUGCCGAACUGGACUUCGGACGAUCGUAUCCAUUUUCUCAGCACAGCGACAACGAUCGAGCCACGAAGCACCAAGCUGACAUCAGAUGAUCGAGUACCCGUGAUGAGUGGCGAGGGUCUCAUGGAAGUCCCGGGCGAAUCUGGAGAGAAGACGUUGUCACUCAAUGCAAGAGAGACGAAUCAGAAGAAGGAUGAUCCAUCGCUGGAGAUUCUGGCCAAUGCUGCACUACUGCAAGCGAUUGGCCAUGUGGUGUAG